AUGAACGAAUGGCUAUCGUUGCCUGUGGUCAAAGUGCUCAGCGAAGACAUGAAGAACAGAGUAUCGAUCUGGUGUCAACAGCACAACCGGGGAUGGCUCGAUGCAAUCCGGGACGCCGAAGAUGACUUGAAGGAGUACCAGUAUACCUCUCGCAUCCAAGAGUCCACUGAUACGAUACCCGAGAUCAUUCAAAGCCGCCUUGAAGAAACCCUGGACAGAUUCAGGCAAGAGAUUCUGCAGGAACAGCGAGAAACCACAGCCAAAAUGAUGGCCAAGAUGGAUAGUUUGCAGCUUUCAGAGCAAACUUCUCCGCCUGCCAAACGCCGCCGAAUGAGCACCAGAAACAUCCCAAAGAACGCGAGCCUGCAGAAGAUUGACGAGGGUUUGCGCUAUCUUCUUGGUGAAGAUAGCGAACUUGUACAAUGUUUCCGCGAGCAUGCGGUGAACAUUGACCCCAAGUUUACCACUCUGGUAGAGCCCAGUGCGAAGAGAUUUUGGACAAAAGGGCAACUGGAGAACUUCCAAAAGGAGACACGGGAGUUGGGACUUGGUGCUGUGGAAUACAAGCUUCUCGACCGAAUUUUCCAGGAAAUGGAAGAGGGUGAUCUGAGCAUGACGAACAUUGCCGCAUUAUCUCUCCAACUGACAUCUCGGGAGCAAUAUGGAACCCUCAAAGCGAAGUUCCGAUUUUUCUGUGUCUCCGACAGAGAACAGGAAGAGUGCUAG